AUGAAGAAGAAUAAAUUAACGAGAAAGAUAGGAAAGUAUGAAGUUGGGCGUACAAUUGGGGAGGGAACCUUUGCGAAGGUCAAAUUUGCACAAAAUAGAGAAACAGGAGAGAGCGUCGCCAUGAAAAUUCUUGCCAAAUCAACCAUUCUCAAGCACAAAAUGGUUGAUCAGAUAAAAAGAGAGAUAUCAAUCAUGAAGAUUGUGAGACAUCCUAACAUAGUUAGGUUGCAUGAGGUUCAUCAAGGAAGACUUUCGGAAAAUGAAUCGAGACGGUAUUUUCAGCAGCUUAUAGAUGCAGUUGCUCAUUGUCACGGGAAGGGUGUGUACCACAGAGACCUGAAGCCCGAAAACCUUCUUCUUGAUGCUUUUGGAAAGUUGAAGGUUUCGGACUUUGGAUUGAGUGCAUUGCCCCAGAAAGGGGUUGGACUUCUUCAUACGACAUGUGGAACCCCAAAUUAUGUUGCACCUGAGGUGCUUGGCCACCAGGGUUAUGAUGGGGCUGCUGCUGAUGUGUGGUCAUGUGGAGUCAUCCUCUUUGUUCUAAUGGCUGGAUAUCUUCCAUUUCAGGAGAUAGACCUUCCAACCUUGUAUCGAAAGAUAAAUGCUGCGGAAUAUUCUUGUCCAUAUUGGUUUUCUCCUGGAGCGAAAGCAUUGAUAGAUAAGAUACUCGAUCCCAAUCCAAAAACUCGUAUAAGGAUUGAAGGAAUUAAAAAAAGUCCAUGGUUUCGGAAAAACUAUGAGCCUGUUGGACACGGUGAAGAAGAGGAAGUGAAUUUGGAUGAUGUUAAUGCAGUUUUUAAUGACAUUGAGGAUCAUUAUGUGGCAGAGCAUUUGGAGAAGAGUGAGGGUGGUCCUUUGGUGAUGAAUGCAUUUGAGAUGAUUACCCUAUCUCAAGGACUGAAUCUAUCAGCAUUGUUCGACAGACGUCAGGAUUAUAUAAAGCGGCAAACGCGUUUUGUAUCCCGCAAACCUGCAAAAGAUAUAAUUUCAGCAAUUGAAGUUGUUGCAGAAUCGAUGAGUCUCAAGGUCCACACUCGUAAUUACAAGACAAGACUUGAAGGAACCUCUGAAAGUAAGGCUGGACAAUUUGCAGUUGUUCUGGAGAUUUAUGAAGUUGCUCCGUCACUUUUCAUGGUAGAUGCCCGGAAGGCUGCUGGGGAAACUCUUGAAUAUCACAAGCAAAUCAGAGAGAAGAAGGGCAGAAAGGAAGAAAUUCCUCCCGACAAGAACUUCCAGAAAAUACACAUUGAUGGCACGACAGUGGGGGAAAAUGUGAGGGAAAAGCAUAGAAUCACAAUGACUGUAACUCUCAGACCGUUUGAGGAUUCUGUCACUGGAGCCAUGAGUCUUGUCAAAUGGGGAAAGAGGAAACACAGGAGGGAUCUGCGAAGAGAUAGGGAAACUAUUGAAACAAUGAUAUGA